UCUUUUUGUUUUCCUGUGGACUCCUCUCCUGUUGAGGGUGCAGUCAGUCCCAAUGAAAUUCCACGGAAAACACAACGCAGAAAACCAGAACCCAGCCCCAUUUUACCCUCAAACAGGUGGAUUCCUUGGCCCUCCCAGAACUCCCAUCCUUGGAAUCAUCGGGGAUAGGGUGGUCCUGCCCUGCCAGGUGAGAUCCGCACCAAUUCCCGAGGAUUUCUCCGUCCGCUGGACAUUCCGUGGCCAAUCCCAGCGGAUCACCGUGAGCAGCUACAGCGGAAAGGGCCGGAGAGAGGAGCCCAGCGAGCGAUUCUGGGGCCGGACGGAAUUUUUCCACGGGGAAUUCCGAGCUGGGAACGUGUCCCUGCUCCUGAGGGACGUCCGGAGCUCCGACCAGGGAUCCUACAGCUGCGAGGUGUCAUUCCAGGAUGUGUCCCAGGAAGUCUUGAUGGAGCUGGAAGUGGCAGCCAUUGGAGAAUCUCCAUCCGUCAUCCUGCGGAGCCCCGAGAAGCGGAGCCUGGCCGUUUCCUGCCGUGCCUCCGGGUGGUUCCCGCGGCCACAGCUUCUCUGGCUGGACGGACGCGGUGAGGUCCGGCCGGAGCCGAUGACCACGACGGCCGCGGUGAUGCCCGGGGGACUCUUCAGCGUCGAGGCUUCCAUGAGGAUCCAGCAGGGAUCCGACCUGGAGAUCUCCUGCCGGGUCCUCAACCGCCGGCUCAACGCCUCCCGCGAGUCCCGGAUCCGCAUCCAUGACAGUUUCUUCCCCUCCAUCUCCCGGUGGCUGCAGAUUUUCCUGGUGGUUUUGUUCCUCAACUUGGCCCUGAUUUCCGUCGUUUUCUGCCUGCUCCAGGGUGAGUUCCGGCUCCGGAUCCUGUGGGAAAAUCCCAAAUCCCACAGGAAUCCAGGGAAAAACCGGCUCAUCUCAGUGAACAACCAAACCUGGGAGUCUACAAACAACAUUAAUAACAAAUAUAAACGAACAUUAUUAAAUAUUAAUAAAUUAAUAUUUCUCCCUCUUAUCCCUUUGAUUCCACGUCCGGAAUUCCCAGAUGGAGAAAAAGCCAAGAAACGAGAAGCAAAAAUCCAGUUCAAGAAACGCUUCGGUCAGCUGAAAGCCGAGCUGGAUUUCUGGGAAGCGCGGAGCCACGCGGUUCCCGUGGCGCUGGAUCCCGAGCCGCGGCCCCUGGAUCUCGGGGACGCGGAGGAUCCGCUCCCGGUCCUGGUGGCGCGGGACUCGCUGGGAUCCGGGCAGCGCUACUGGGAGGUGGAGCUGGGCCAGGAGCAGCGCUGGGCUCUGGGCGUGCUGCGGAGCCUUCCCGAGCCGCAUUCCCGCGAUUCCCGGGAUCGCCGGCACAUCUGGGCUCUGCGCGCAUCCCGGGGCCAGAUGUUCUCCAGCUGCGGCCGCGCCCUCGGGGAGCAGCGCCCCGGCCUCUCCGCGCUCGGCGUCUUCCUGCAGCUGGAAAAGCGACAGCUGGAAUUCUACGACGUGGAGCGGAUGGAUCUGGUGGCGGGGAUGUCGCUGGAGGCCGGGGAGGAUCAUUCGGGAAAGUUCUUCCCGUUCGUGUCGCAAACGGGAGAGGGGACGCCGCGAAUCCGCCCGGUGCGCAUCCCGGUGCCGCUGGAAAUCCCCGGGGAUCCGGGAGAGGCUCCGCGGGAAGAGGGAAAUCGUGAAAGAUUAAAUGCGGGUGGUGGAAGUUAAAAAAUAAUCGUGGAAGUUUUUUGGGGU